AUGGCAGACGUAGCUGCGAGGCCCGUCGAGGGCGAUACUGCCUCAGAGAAGACGCGUGAGGUGGAGACUUCCAACAGCUCCACGCGGACCUUGACUCCGAGAGAGAGCGACGAGCGGCGAGAGAAGAAGUCAUCCGAAGAGAAGCCCAUCGAGCCCGAGAUUGAGAGCGAGAGACCAACAGAAAAGGCAACAGUCCAGUCUUCGGCGAUAUCAGCAAACGAGAGCCAUAACGAUGUAUCCAAGCAGCCAGACGUCGACGACGAUGUCGAUGAGAAGGCCGAUAUCGAAGGGGGGCCACCCACGGGGCCCCCGCCCGUUUUCGAUGAAGCCGAGGAAAACUUCAAGCCGAAGACCAUUACCUUUUGGCUCGUCAUUUUGUCCAACUUUGUGGCAAUGUUCCUUGUUGCUCUGGACCGCACAAUCAUUGCCACGGCCAUCCCUCGCAUCACUGAUGAGUUUCAAAGUCUCGGAGACAUUGGCUGGUACGGUUCGGCGUACAUGCUCACGACGGCGGCCUCGCAACUGGUGUUUGGUAGAAUCUACAAGUUUUACAGCCUGAGGGGAGCAUUCCUUGGAAGCAUUCUCAUCUUCGAAAUCGGCUCGCUCAUCUGCGGUGUUGCGCCGAGCUCGCCAGUGCUCAUUGCGGGCAGAGCUAUCGCCGGUGUUGGUUCGGCUGGUAUCUUCACGGGAGCUAUGAUGGUCAUGAUUCCCAUGAUCCCGCUGCAUAAGAGACCCAUGUUCCAGGGCAUCUUUGGUAUGGUGUUCGGUCUGGCGUCUGUCAUUGGUCCCUUAGUUGGCGGCGGCUUCACGAGCAACGUCACAUGGAGGUAA